AUUAAAAUUUGCAGUUAAAUGAAUGAUGCAUCAUAAACAGGAAUAGCCUCUUUAGUUACUUAUAUAUAUAUAUUGCACAGGAAGGAAUAAAUAAUUUAAAGAGAAACAAUUAACAUGAUGUUAGUUGACACUUUUAAAAUAGCCGUUUGAAGCACAAUUUUGUAUCUUCGUGCCAUAGUUUGACAUACGUAUCUCACUGAAGCUAGGAAUGCCUAAGCAUGGAUAUAAACCCAAGACAAUUCAUAAUAAAACCACUCGAAACUUAACACGUACUCCAAAUAUCUCAAAUACAAGCUACGCUGCUAGUACCCCUAGAGCUGCGAUGAGAACAGUUGUUACUAAAGUACCAAAGAAACCUAGACCUCAAAAUAAUGAGAGUACGACAAACACUCAAACAGUUUCUACUGGAAAUGGUAAUGCUAAUAGAAUCAAUGAUAAUAAUGGUAAUAAUAACGUGAAUAGUAAUGGUAAUGGUAAUAAUAAUGUAUCCACUGCACCUAGUCAGCCAGAACGGAAUGUGGGCGAUACUACAAAAACCCGGAGGCCAAAGUCUAUACUUAAAAAGGAAAACUCUCCUCGAACUAAUAAACAUGUAACAUUUUCGGUCUCCGUUAGAACACACAACAGUCAUGGCACAGAAUAAUAAUGGUAAUGACAACACAUAAAAAAGUAUGAGUUUCUUGCUAGAAAGUAAAUUGAAGAAUUUGAAAAAAAAAAAGAAUUUCAACUUCAGCAAUAAAAAAAAAAAAA